AUGACUUUCCCCUUCAAGCGAUCCCCAUCUUCUCCCCGAAUCCCCGAAUCCACACUCUCGCACGAAAAGGAUCGCUUCCUAGCCAACGCGCUUGGCGUCACAGUAAUCCCGGCGAUCCUUAUUGGCAACGGGACUGCAGUUGACGGCUCCAUCGAGCUCGUCUCCUCUCGUGAUGACCCACCUGCUGGCCCGUUCUGGCUCGCUCCUCGUCUCCAUGGAAUCGACCAUGGAUCCGUCGGUGAUGGGUCGCGGAAGCGUUCACGAGAAUCCUCGGGAGGUUUGACCACCACGAAAACCCAGGGAGCAACCACCAAGACAAUAAAACGGAGACGUGCAUAUGCUCCCGACGGUAGCCGGCGAGUUUGGUGGUCAGAAAAUAUGCCUCCCUUGCAAGAGAGUCCAGCGGUGACAAGAGGACCUGAAACUGAACUACCGAGAUGCUGCCCGGCCGUCCGUCUGAGGUAA